AUGUCUGCACUUUUUACAAAAAGACUUUCUAAAGAGCUUUUAGAUUUAAAGAUAAAUCCACCAGCCGGAAUAGAAGUUGUUGACACCGAAACCUUUAAAAGUUGGAAAUUAAACAUCGAUGGAGUGGACGGAACUCUUUAUGCUGGUGAAAGAUUCACCCUGGAAUUUCGAUUUUCUCCAAAUUAUCCCAUGGAAUCACCAGAGGUUGUAUUCACCGGGAAUGUACCAAUACAUCCACAUGAACCGCCUCCAGAUAAUAGUACUUAUGUAAAGAACGCAAAAGAAUCACCAAAACAAACUCAAUGGUAUUUUCAUGAAAUAAUUUUACAAAUGUCUGAACAAAGUUCUGAAUCUAAUAAUGGUACUAAUGACAAUUCAAACAAUAAUAGAAGGCCACAAUAUUAUUGUUACUCUUGUCGCAGAGUGAUAGAACCUUUGAUGGCUCCUUAUCCAACCUGCCCUCGCUGCAAUCGUGAAUUCGUGGAAGAGAUUGAAGAUGAUAAUGAUCCAAGAGAAUUUGCGGAACAUAAUUUAAGUGGCCAUGAUACCGAUGAUGAACUUGAUGAUCCUUUUACUCCUGGAAAUCAUCAAAAUGGGCCUUUUGAUGCUAUGCAAAUUAUACAAAAUGUAAUAUCUUCAUUUUUACAGACUGGAUCCGGUGGUCCUUUCAGAGUUCAAACUGAAAGCUCUGUUCAAGAAAAUCAAAACCAACCUAGACAAAAUAUUAUUUUUGCAAUGGGAAAUGCUGGCGACGAUCGUCCUUCUCCCCAAUUUCCAAGUCUCGCACAAAUAUUUCAAAGAGCAUUAGAUGAUAUUGGAAACAAUCCAAAUUUGAAUGCCCAUAAUAUUUCAGGCGAUCCAAGAGAUUAUGCAUGGGGAAGCUCUGCAUGGGAUAAUAUUAUUACUCAAUUAAUGGAACUACAAUCAGGAAGGCAAGCACCGCCACCUGCUACGGAGGAAGUUAUUGAGGCUUUACCAAAAACAAAAAUAUCAAAAAAACAAGUGGAAGAACAAUUAAGUUGUCCAGUCUGUAAGGAUGAAUUUAACAUAGAAGAAGAAGCAAUAUCUUUACCUUGCUCUCACGCUUUUCAUGAAGAUUGCAUAAAACCUUGGUUAAAAAUGAACGGAACUUGUCCAGUAUGGUUUGUAAAAAGAAAUCAAGAAGAAAGUAAUAAUGAUCAAAAUGGACAAAAUCGUAACAACGGAUCCGGUUCAUCAAACAAUAACAAUUCAAGCAGUUCCUCAUCAAUGGGGUUUCGUUUUUUUAAUACUAAUUUACCCGGCUCAUACCCAGGAAAUCAACAGCAAAAUAAUCAACAGAACAGACAGGAAGAUAACGAUCAAUAUCCUGAUCCAAUGGAUAUUGACCCUCAGGAUUAA